CUUGUAGAUCAGAUAUAGUGCUACCCGGGUGUCUAACAUUUGGCACUGGUUGUUGAACAAGACUCAUACAUUCCACCAUAUACGCAAAUUUGCUUGCCAGUACUAGCAUACGGGAAAAUUCUGCACCGUAUCAUGUAGCGCCAUGUUUCACACUCCCAUUUGUCCAAAUGGGGAAAACGAGCGCAAAGAAUUUAUAAGCGCCAAGGCCGGAAGCAAAGUGCCACCUCGGACACGCGUCUUUCCGACUACGACAUUAAUUUCUCCUAGGCCCAAAAUGAGUGGCACAGGUUGGCUUUAUCUCUUCAGCGUUCUUGCUGCGGCUGCACUGCUCUUCACCAUGGUUUUCUACAUAAUAAUGUUCUCUGACCUGGAAUGCGACUACAUCAACCCUAUCGACCUCUGCCAGAAGCUCAAUCAGUUCGUGCUGCCAGAAAUGGGGGCACAUGCUGCUCUCUCAUUAUUAUUCCUAUUUACGGGGCAAUGGAUGUCCUUCCUCCUCAAUGUGCCGUUAAUCGCAUACAAUGUGCAAAAAGUCCGACAGCAAAAUCACAUGUACGACGCAACAGAGAUUUUCCGAACGCUUGGUGCCCAGAAGAAAGAAAGCUUUAUAAAACUAGGGUUUUAUCUUGUUUCGUUCUUCUAUUACCUGUACCGAAUGAUCCUAGCUCUCAUUGCUGAGGAAUCCUAGAGGACAAUGUUUCAUUGGUGGGGUGUUUGAUCGGUAGGAUCCCUCUCUCUCUCUCUCUCUCUCUCUUGGGAGGGCUGCAGUAGGAACGUGCAGGGACGGUGCAGCAAUGGUGCUGGGUCAACGAUCUUCUGUAAAUGCCUCAUGACGGAUGAUAAUUAAUGUUUGGUUCCCUUAUCUUU